AACAAUUUGAAUUCAUUACACAAGUAUAAAUAUCAACAACAUUAAUAUGCUAAGUAGCACAUGAAGUUGUUUAGAAAUAUGAUGAUUUCUUCUGUUAUUUAAUAUGAAAAACAUACUGGCGUGUGCAGAAAACUCUAUAAAGAAGAGCAUACAAAAUAUAUUCUGCCAAGCUAGCUAGAUAUAUCGAUUGUAAAGUGGACAAGGGCCCUACGUGAAGUGGUCAAAACUUUCCACUCUUUCCAACACUCAUGCGGUGUCAGUUGUCAGGUGAAAGUAUUUGGUGCCCAAGCUGAAAAGACACCCCUUUGGAAGUCGGAAGCCACCACUAUGAGCGCCAGCGAGGGACUCAGUCUCCCUGGCAACGAGGACACCACUCCGCCGCAUGGCAAACAUAAACAGAAGCCCAGGAAGAAGGGCAGGAAGAAGUCCCAGAGUGCCAAGGAAAGUGCUCCAGAAGCGAUGGACGCGAAAGCCACUGCCACCUACUUCACCGUGAGCAUCGUGGGCCAGAUAGUGUCGGCCACCUUCCCCAUGGGUCCCGACAAGCAGUUCAUCUUCCUGCGCUACGAACUGGUCGCCGGGCCCGACUGGCAGUUGGCCUCGGGACCCCAGCACGGACUCACCCAGAUGGCCACCAACAAGAGGGGCCACUUCAACGACCCCAUUGUGUUCAACAUGCCCAUCGAGGUGACCUACAAGAGCACCAGUCCCUUUGGCUGGCCCCAGAUCCUGGUGAGCGUCUUCGGACGCAAUGGCACGGGGCGCGAGACGCUCCUGGGCUACGCCCACAUCCACCUGCCCGUCUUCGGUGGUGGUCGUCCUGCGGGUCAGGCGGAGCUGCAGGAGGCGGCCAUCCUGAUGCCCAAGUGCCCCAGCAUGAUGGCGGACAUUAUCAGCUGGCUGCUGGGCCGCGAGCCGGAGCUCAAGGAUCCCAAGGUGCUGCUGGACAACCUGAAGUGCAAGGGCCUCUCCAUGGAGUCCUACGGCAGCCUGCAGUUCCAGCUGUCCUCCGUGACGCGGGGAGCCCGCAAGCUGGGCUACCAGUGGCAUGCCUGAGGAGUCUAGUGAUGCGUGUCAGUAAAACGUGAACUUGGCGAGCAGGAAAGCGUUUGUGUCUUAAUCUAAUUGCCGGGUGGGUGGCUGGUUUCUGGGGGAGCUGCCUCGAACUUGACCCUGUCCACGCUGGCUUUCCGGCGGAUAAGAAGGUACCGAAAUGACGCGACCAGUGGUAAUCCGACGCAGCAAAUUUGCGGCAAUCGAAAGCCCAAUCGUUAGCUGCGGAU